AUGUCAGACGAACUGGAACGGCUGAUGGAAGAAGACGUUGCGCUGGACACCAAAAUGGACGAAGUGCAGCAAGAAUUGGCACAGCUCAGAGCACAAGUCCUAGAGCUAACGCAACAGAACCAGCAGCAGGUGCGGUCUACAGUUACGCACUGCGUGCCAAGAUUGACAAAAUUGCAAGAGACGCCGAAAAGCAUAGCAAUCAUAUUAGGUGAUGGGGAAAUCACCUCACCAGAGGAUCUGGAAAAGGGACUACAUAGAUUGCUAGAACCGGAGUGUAAGGUGAUAAGGAAGUUGCUGGACCGCAUUAAUGAGUUAGCGGACGGGGUUGUGCAAAAGGCAUCAGAGGCACAUGCAAAACACAGCGAAGAGUGA